CCCAUCUUGGGCGAUAUGGGCCUCCCCAAUCAAACAUUCACAUUGAAGCCUGAUCGUCAGCGGGUGGCUGGGUGUGCAGCCAGCGAGCUCGGAGGCUCCGCGACGACGCGGCCGGCGGAGGAGCCGCAGCGUUACGUGGUUGUGCUGCUGCCGCCGGCUCCCGUGUCUCACCCUCCUUGCUUCCCUCUUCUGCGCCUCCCCCCUCACCUCACAUCGCCGGGAGCUACGACCGCACACGCGCCACGUCUGGCCUGGCCCCACCCCUCCUCCUCGCCGCCGAUGAGCUGCCGCGCGGCUCCAUGGGGCCGCCCGUCGCCCCCCCGCGGCCGGCCCUUCCCCGCCUCGGCGCGCCUCCGCGGCCCGUUCGGGGGCAUGAAUUCGUGGAAGAAUCCAAUCCUCAAAAACUCGUGGAGAAUCGGUGAUGUCCCGGCAAUGUUUGGGCUGCCGUCUGGACUGUUCAGAUGCACGGCUUCAGGUGGCUCUGGGGAUGGCGGGUUUUCUCGUCCUCAAUCAAUUGAUGAAGCACCGAUGCCGCUGUACCCCUGGCCAGACAAGCAGCGGCCACGAGUAUGCAUUUUGGGUGGUGGAUUUGGUGGGCUGUAUACUGCUCUGAGACUAGAAUCUCUUGUAUGGCCUGGUAAUAACAAGCCUCAGGUAAUGCUGGUUGAUCAAUCUGACAGAUUUGUAUUUAAGCCCAUGCUGUAUGAGCUCUUAUCAGGAGAGGUGGAUGUCUGGGAAAUAGCUCCCUAUUUUACAGAGUUACUGAAGAACACCAGUGUUCAAUUUGUGAAGGAUAGUGUAAAGCUUCUUCGCCCUUCUGAUCACUUAAGAAGAGAGCCUGGAGUAUCAUGCACUGGUGGAGUUGUUCAUCUUGAAAGUGGCACUGCUGUUGAAUAUGAUUGGCUCGUUCUAGCUCUAGGGGCUGAAGCUAAGAUUGAUGUCGUUCCAGGAUCUGCCGAGUAUGCACUUCCUUUCACAACUUUGGAACAUGCUUUGAAAGUUGAAAGUGAAUUGAAAAUGUUAGAAAGGAGAAGGUUUGGUAAGAACUCCCCAUCUAUUCAGGUGGCCGUCGUGGGAAUGGGUUACUCUGGUGUUGAGCUAGCUGCUACUAUCUCUGAGAGAUUAAAGAGCACGGGGACUGUCAAAGCAAUCAAUUUUCAAACAACCAUCUGUCCUAAUGCACCACCAGGAAAUCGUGAAGCUGCUCUGAAGGUUCUCGAGUCUCAAAAUAUUCAACUUUUCUUGGGAUAUUCGGUGAACUGCAUCAGAGAGGUUUAUGCAUCUGAGGAUUCAGGUGGCAUGGUUGCAGAUGCAAAAGAAGCUGGUGGUGACGAUAAGAAACUAGUUUUGGAACUUCAAGCUGCUCAAAGAGGCCUCCAGAGCCAGGUUCUGGAGGCUGAUCUGGUAUUAUGGACAGUGGGUUCACAAUCUCAGAUCCUUCGGUUACAACCUCCCGAUGCACCAUAUGUUAUUCCUCUGAAUGGCCGGGGGCAAGUGGAGACAGAGGAAACCCUUCAAGUAAAGGGCCACCCCCGAACAUUUGCAAUUGGUGAUUCAGCAGCUCUAAGAGACCCAUCAGGAAAAUUUCUCCCAGCCAACGCACAGGUUGCUUUCCAGCAAGCAGAUUUCGCUGGAUGGAAUCUCUGGGCGGCAAUCAACGACCGGCCCCUUUUGCCGUUCAGGUUUCAAAACCUUGGUGAGAUGAUGACGCUUGGUAGAAACGACGCUGUGAUAACAGCGAAUUUCAUCGAGGGACUAACCUUGGAAGGGCCUAUAGGGCAUGCUGCUCGGAAGCUCGUGUACUGCCUCAGGAUGCCCACGGAUGAGCACCGGGUGAAGGUUGGAAUCAGUUGGUUCGCAAAGGGCGCUGUCGAUUCGCUUGCGUCUCUGCAGGAUGCAGUAAGUAACAUAAUUGCAAGCUCCUGAUGGUAAAGGGGACCUGCUAAUUCAUGAACUGAGCGAGCUGGAUGAUGUAUUCGGUGUCGGUUUUAUGUACAAAUUUUCAAUUCCGAGUGUACGUUGCACCUAACUUCUGAACAUGCGGAUUUUGAAUAAAAGUACGUUGCUCCUAA